CAGACCUCAUAGGAACUCAGAACAAGUAGGAGAAAAGAUUUUUUUUAAUUUUUUUUUUUCCUUGUUCUUUUUCUUUUCAAAGAUGAACCUAACUGCGCUCAAAGCUUUUGUGGGCUUGCUCUGGAAUUGCUGGGUUCUGGUGGGUCACGCACAGGGAGGUAUAGGAGACAAUCAUGUCCAUUCAAGUUUUAUUUACAGGAGGCUGCGGAACCAUGAGAGAAGGGAGAUUCAGAGAGAGAUUCUCUCUAUCCUGGGUUUACCUCACAGACCCAGACCAUUUUCACCAGGAAAGCAGGCUUCUUCUGCACCCCUCUUCAUGCUGGACCUGUAUAAUGCCAUGACAAAUGAAGAGGAUACGGAGGAGCUGGAGUAUUCACUAAAGGGAUCAAUGGCAGGGGAGAGCAGAGGGAUACGGAAAGGAUACCCUGCCUCUCCAAAUGGAUAUUCGCGGAGAAUACAAUUAUCUCGCAUGACCCCCCUGACCACACAGAAUCCUCCCUUAGCCAGCCUGCACGACACCAACUUUCUGAAUGAUGCUGACAUGGUCAUGAGCUUUGUCAAUUUAGUUGAAAGAGACAAGGACUUCUCCCACCAGCGAAGGCACUACAAAGAGUUUCGCUUUGACCUUACGCAAAUCCCGCACGGAGAGGCAGUGACAGCAGCCGAAUUCCGGAUAUACAAAGAUCGAAGCAACAGCCGCUUUGGGAAUGAAACCAUUCAGAUUAGCGUAUAUCAGAUCAUCAAGGAGUAUCCAAACAGGGAUGCAGACUUGUUCCUGUUAGACACAAGAAAGGCUCAAGCUUCUGAUGUGGGCUGGUUUGUGUUUGACAUUACUGUGACCAGCAAUCACUGGGUGAUUAAUCCACAGAACAAUCUGGGCUUGCAACUCUGCGCUGAAACUGUGGACGGUCGAAGUAUCAACGUUAAAUCUGCUGGUCUGGUUGGAAGACAUGGACCUCAGUCAAAACAACCAUUCAUGGUUGCCUUCUUCAAGGCAAGUGAAGUGCUUUUCCGUUCUGUCCGUGCAGCCAACAAUAAAAGGAAGAAUCAGAACCGCAACAAAUCCAGUAGUCAUCAGGAGUCUUCUAGGAUGCCAAGUGUUGGGGAUUAUAAUACAAGUGAGCAAAAGCAAGCAUGUAAGAAACAUGAACUUUACGUGAGUUUCCGAGACCUAGGAUGGCAGGAUUGGAUUAUUGCACCGGAGGGCUAUGCUGCGUUUUACUGUGAUGGAGAGUGCUCUUUCCCCCUCAAUGCCCACAUGAACGCAACAAACCACGCCAUUGUUCAGACUCUGGUUCACUUGAUGUUCCCUGACCACGUACCAAAGCCGUGCUGUGCACCAACAAAACUGAAUGCAAUCUCUGUGCUCUACUUUGAUGACAGUUCCAAUGUUAUUUUAAAAAAAUACAGGAAUAUGGUGGUGCGUUCAUGUGGCUGCCACUAGAAUAAAAAGUAGUAAUCUAAAGCAGAGGGUUUUGUUCAGAACUGUAAUAAAGUCAAGAUAUGAGCCCUGCUGAUGCAAAGGCAGUCCUAAAUUUAUUCCUUUUCAUGUCAUCUCUCAUUUAAAUGUACAGUAUAAUGUAUAUAGUAGCUUUUAUUUAUUUUAAAGUAUAUAGUUUCUUUUGUAUGAGCAAAAUUUCAAAAUCAUUUAUUUUAUGGGUCACCUCACUAUGCAGUAGAACUUCACAAACUAAUUUUUCAGUUGACCAUACUGGAAUAUAUUUCAUUCCAUUUCAAUAUUUUAAAGUAAAGCCUUUGUAUAGAUUUUUUUUUCAAGCUAAAAUCUCCAGAACUUCUGUAACUGCUUCAUAUUGUUAAAGGAACUAAAAUACAUUUGGUCAUAUUGUGCCAAUGAAAACUGUGGUGGGAUAUUUAUUUAGAGAAAGGCACAGGAAAAAAACUAAACAAAACUGCUUG